AGGACGAAAAAAUGAUAAUUAAGAGAGGAAUCUGUAGUUCUAAUAGAUUGAACAAAUUGAACAAGUACUCCUACAUGGUCACAGAGCCAAAGUCUCAAGGUGCUUCUCAAGCUAUGUUGUACGCUACAGAGGGUAUAGAAACCGACAAGGACCUCACAAAACCAAUGGUUGGUGUCGCCAGUAUCUGGUAUGAGGGUAACCCAUGUAACGCUCACCUCCUCGGACUUGGACAACGUAUCAAAAAGUCAAUAGCGAAUGCUGGUAUAACCGGAUAUCAAUUUGGUGCACCAGGUGUUAGUGACGGUAUCUCAAAUGGUACAUUCGGUAUGGCGUAUUCCUUACAAUCAAGAGAUUUAAUAGCAGAUGCCGUCGAGAGUACAGCAGGUGGACACUGGUUAGACGGUAUGGUUGUCGUACCAGGUUGUGACAAGAAUAUGCCAGGUGUUUUAAUGGCAUUGGGUAGACUCAACAGACCUGGUUUGAUGGUUUACGGUGGUACAAUCAAACCAGGUAGCUGUGGUGGUGAAAAAUUAGAUAUUAUUUCUGCUUUCCAAGCAUACGGAAAAUACUUGGAUGAAAAAUCUACAAAGGAAGCAGAAGAGAAGCGUUAUCAAACCAUUAGAAACGCAUGUCCAGGUCCUGGUGCUUGCGGUGGUAUGUACACUGCGAACACUAUGGCUUCAGCUGCAGAAGCCUUGGGUAUGACAUUACCAGGUUCCUCUUCAUUCCCUGCAGAAUAUGACGAAAAGAAAGCCGAAGCCGACAGCGUAGGUGACGCAAUGAUGAACUUAUUAGUAAACGACAUCAAACCAAGGGAUAUCAUGACUAAGGCAGCUUUCGACAAUGCUAUCACUCUCACUAUGAUCCUUGGUGGCUCCACCAAUGCUGUACUUCACUUGAUUGCAGUUGCACACAGCUGUGGAAUUUCAGUUACGAUCGAUGAUUUCCAACGUAUCGCUGAAAAGACACCAUUCAUCGCUGAUUUGAAGCCAUCUGGUAAAUACGUUAUGGAAGAUUUACACUCAUUGGGUGGUAUUCCAAACGUAUUAGGAUACCUCAUAAAGAAGAAUUAUAUCAAUGGAGACUUGCUCACUGUAACAGGAAAGACAAUGGGUGAGAACAUUGACAGAUGGCAACAAAAGUACGGUGCAUUACCAGAUAAUCAAGAAAUUAUCAAACCAAUUGAAAAGCCAAUUAAGGAAACAGGUCACAUUAGAAUUUUGAAAGGAAACAUUGCACCAGGUGGAGCAGUUUCAAAGAUUACAGGUAAAGAAGGUCUUCACUUUACUGGUAAGGCUAGAUGUUUCGACAAUGAAGAAGAUUUCGUCACUGCAGUUGAACAAGGUACAUUCAAAAAGGGUGAAAAAGUUGUUGUCAUCCUUCGCUACUUGGGUCCAAAGGGUGGACCAGGUAUGCCAGAAAUGUUGAAACCAACUUCAUUGAUUAUGGGUUACGGUUUAGGUCACGAUAUCGCAUGUUUGACAGAUGGUAGAUUCUCAGGUGGAUCACACGGUUUCGUAACUGGACACAUCGUUCCUGAAGCAUUCGAAGGUGGACCAAUUGCACUCGUUAAAGACGGGGAUGUCAUUUCUAUCGAUGCAGUUAAGAAUACAUUGAACGUCGACGUCACAGAUGAAGAAUUGAGAGAAAGAAAGGAAAAGUGGACACCAAGACCACCUAGAGUUACACAAGGCACACUCUACAAGUAUAUAAAGAAUGUUGGUGAUGCUUCACAUGGUUGUAUAACAGACGCUUAAAAAACGAUUAAUCGCUUAAAUCAUCUUGUUCUUGUUGUUUUAUUCUUUUAGAGAUUUCAUUCUCGAUUAACUUUUCUUCUUCGCCGUGGAUAUCUUUGUAGUGGGUCAGACGAUCAUUUAGUUGGUUCUGUAGAUCUUCUAUAGCUUCCAGAGUGUUUUCUUUUUUAGAUUCAAGAGUAAAUGGCUGGUCUACAGACAAAUUAAC